UCUGGGCGAGGGGGGCGUGUGCGCGCCGAGUUCUCCAUGAAUAAGAACCGAAUUCUUGGCCUGGAGUGGCAGAGGCGUGUACAAGCGCUCGCGUACUCACACCGCAGUACACGCCGCCCAGUGUCACCGAGCUGGGGAGAACCGAGGGAAGGAGCUGCCUGGAAGGGAACGGCCCAGGGAACAAAUUCUCUCCCCCGCCUCCCGCGAGCCCUUCCUCCGCCCCGCCAGGCCCCAGCCCCGCCCGCCGCCUCCCAGGACUUGGAGGCCAAGGCCGCGAGAGGCCAGGGCUCCUGGAAGGGGUGGGGCCCAGCCGAGCUGGGGCCCUCUUUGGAUCCGGGAGACUGCUUCGCGCGGAGCCCGCAGCCGGGUGCUCCUGGAGCACGGCGCUCGCGACUGGUUAAUGUUUUAACCACCUGCUUGGGGCCGUGGUGCCCUGGAUCGCGGUCUCAGGCUCCGCCCCCUCCCUGGAGCGCCCCCAUCCGGAGGAACAAAACUGCCCCCCGCGGUGGGGCGUCCGCAGGACCUGCCGCGCUGGCUGGGGAUCCCGGCGGCCGCGGCCCUAUGAUCUCCGCGUCCUCCCCUGCUCCACCUGCCGGACUUGGACUUCAGCCCUGACCUCCGGAGGGUGUGCCUCCCUCCCACCGGCAAGAUGCCCAUCCUCAAGCAACUGGUGUCCAGCUCCAUGCACUCCAAGCGCCGCUCCCGCCUGGACCUCACGGCUGAGAUGAUCAGCGCUCCGCUGGGUGACUUCCGUCACACCAUGCACGUGGGCCGGGCUGGGGACGCCUUUGGGGACACGUCCUUCCUCAACAGCAAGAAAGGUGAGCCCGACGGAGAGUCGCUGGACGAACAGGCCUCCACGUCAUCUUCCAAACGCAGCCUCCUGUCCAGGAAGUUCCGGGGCAGCAAGCGGUCUCAGUCGGUGACCCGGGGGGACCGGGAGCAGAGAGACAUGCUGGGCUCCCUGCGCGAGUCGGCACUCUUUGUCAAGAACGCCAUGUCCCUGCCCCAGCUCAACGAGAAGGAUGCCGCGGAGAAGGGCUCCAGCAAGCUGCCCAAGAGCCUGUCGUCCAGCCCCGUGAAGAAGCUGGGUGCCGGAGAGGGCAGCGGGGAGGAGGCGGGCGCGGGGGACCUGGGUCCCCGGCGGAACGGGGCAGUGGCUCCCUACCCCCCUGACUCCCUGCUGGACGAGCAGGCCUUCGGGGACCUGACAGAUCUGCCCGUGGUGCCCAAGGCCAGCUACGGGCUGAAGCACGCCGAGUCCAUCCUGUCCUUCCACAUCGACCUGGGGCCCUCCAUGCUGGGCGACGUCCUCAGCAUCAUGGACAAAGAGGAGUGGGACCCAGAGGAGGACGGGGGUGGCUACCGUGAAGAAGAAGGCCUCGGGGGCAGCGCCCAGGGCCCCCCGGUGGCCGAGGCGGCCCCUCCCCUGGUGAGGCAGGACGGCAAGGGUGGCCCAGACUUGGCCCCGCUGCCCUCCCACGCUCUGGAGGACGAGGGGUGGGCAGCGGCUGCCCCCAGCCCAAGCUCGGCCCGCAGCGUGGGCAGCCACACCACGAGGGACAGCAGCUCCCUCUCCAGCUGCACGUCGGGCGUCCUGGAGGAGCGCAGCCCGGCCAUCAGGGGCCCAGACAGGGCCCGGGUCACCCUCCCCAGGCAGCCUGACAAGGAGCUGUCCUUCAUGGACGAGGAGGAGGAGGACGAGAUCCGAGUGUGAGCCUGUGGGCAGGUCGCCGCUCCUGGGAGCUCUGGGGCUGCGUGUUUCUCUCUGCCCCCUCCCCACUGUGACCUUUGACCUUACCAUGCCGGGGCCACCCAGAGCCUCCCGUUAGGCAGUAGACCCUGGACCUCGUGGAUGAGGGGCACCGGCCGAGCCCUCGAGGACUUGGGGCCCGAGAAGGCCCGGGGCCCACGGGAGGGGCUCGCCUGGCUUUGCGUCGCGACCCCGCAGCUGCAGAGGCCCGCCGUGUUCUUGUAGCGGGAGUCAUUUUUCCUCUCCGCCUCCCUCUCCUCCUGCCUGGCCUCAGAUGGAUGCCGGAUGUCAACCUGAGUUGCUGCCACGCGCAGCCACGCGGGUCAGCCAGAGGCAGCCUCUGCUCCAGGGCCAAGGACACUGGGCGCCCCUUUCUCUCAAUGGGGCCUCGUGCAGCAGGAGGAAGAGGGCGCUCACAGGUCCCUCCCCUGACUCCUGCCCCGGGAGCAGGCUGGAGCAGGACAGCCAGCUGGACACUGAGCACAGCCCCUUCCGGGGAGAGCCCCAGGAAGACACUAGGAACAGGGCUGGGGCCGAGCCCUUUGGUGGUAUUUGUCCUUUAUCAUGUUCAGAUCCCAUAGAGAGCAACAUCAGGAACUGUCCCUAGGCUGCCACCGGAAGGAAAAUGCAAUCUUUUUUAGAAAAACUUUUUACUCCUUCUCCUGGAAAUUCAGGGCCCGUCAGCACACUCAACGUCCGGGGCCGGUCCUGUGGCAAAGAACCCAGCCCCACGCCAGCGAUAGGGGGUAGGAGUGGCUUUUGUUCCUGCCCCCCCCCCUUGCCCCGU